UGCUGAUACUUAGUUACCACAGCUCAAAACAAUCUCUCUUAAGCUUCCAAAUAUAAUUCAGUAGUUCUUAAAAUGCCUAUAAAGUUUAUUUACCUAGGAUUGCUGGCCAUAAUGUCUGCAGCAGCUCUGGCCUCUGACGGCCCUUCUCUACAAGAUUUCUGUGUUGCUGAUGCCAAGAGUUCCGUUCUAGUGAAUGGAAAGGCAUGCAAGGAUCCCAAGCUUGUUACGGCCAGUGAUUUUUCUUUAGCUGGACUUCAUCUAGCUGGUAAUACCAAUAAUGCUGUUGGCUCAAGAGUGACUCCAGCAUUUGCUGCACAUAUACCAGGACUCAACACCCUUGGCAUUUCAAUGGUGCGCCUUGACAUAGCACCAUCAGGCAUAAACCCUCUGCACAUCCACCCGCGUGCUACUGAAAUCCUCACAGUCAUAGAGGGUACCCUUGAAGUUGGAUUUAUCACCUCGAACCCUGAUAAUCGCCUUCUUACCAAGAUACUAAAAAAGGGAGAUGUGUUUGUGUUCCCUGAGGGUCUCAUUCAUUACCAGAAAAAUAUUGGAAAGUCUCAUGCAGUUGCUAUUGGAGCUCUAAACAGCCAGAAUCCUGGUGUUAUUACAAUUGCUAAUGCAGUGUUUGGGUCAAACCCUUCGAUUCCUAGUAGUAUUCUGGCAAAGGCGUUCCAGGUUGAUAAAAAGUUGAUCCCAGUGAUGCGGACACAAUUCAAGAUUUAAGGGAUACAUUUACAUAUUUUCAAUCAAGAUUCAUACUGUACUACUGAUUAUAUUGAUUCACUGUUUUUUUUAUUGUAAUAUGAUUAACUAUUUAAUCUAUUUGGCCAAUGUCAUCAUAAAAGAGAGUUGCUACUUGCCAGACUUCAA